AUGGUUGACCGCCCCAACAAGCCCACGGCUCUGGCCACCACUCCCGGCCUUCCGCCCCAGGCCCAAGUCACCACGUCCGACGACAACUCGCGCGUUGAUGCCGUCCUCCCCACCGGCGAAUCCAUCUCCGUUCUGCUCUACGGAGCCACGGUGCUGAGCUGGAAAGACGCUGCUGGCAACGACCGCCUGUGGCUGUCCGAGGCCGCCGCUCUCGACGGUUCCAAGCCCGUCCGCGGUGGUAUCCCCCUUGUCUUUCCCGUCUUCGGCCAGGCCCCCGACCACGAGGCCACCAAGAACCUGCCACAGCACGGCUUUGCUCGCUCCUCGCGCUGGGAGUUCCUCGGCAAGUCAUCCGAGGAGAGCGGCACCAACUACAGCGUCAAGCUAGACUUUGGCCUGUCCUCUUCGAGUCUUGACGAGAAGACCAAGGCUGCAUGGGGAUACAGCUUCGGUGCCAUCUACAGCGUGACUCUGGACCGCGACGCACUGUCAACAUCGCUCGUCAUCACCAACGAAGACGACAAACCAUUCGAGCUCCAAGUCCUUCUGCACACCUACCUGCGCGUUCCCGAUGUCACUGCCGUCCGCCUCUCCAGCCUUGAUGGCGCCUCAUACCUCGACAAGACCGAAUCCCUUGCCACAAAGACUCAGUCGGGCGACCUCGCCCUCACUGGCGAAACAGACCGCAUCUACACUCCUCUUGGCGGGCCCAAGGUCCCCAUUGUGGUUUCCGAUAACGCGUCUGGCCGCAAGCUCUACAGCUUGACCCGCGACAACCUGGACGAUGUCGUUGUCUGGAACCCCUGGGAAGCCAAGGCCAAGUCCAUGCCCGACUUUUCUCCCGAUGAUGGUUGGCGUAACAUGGUCUGUGUGGAAGCCGGUGCCGUCAAGGGCUGGCAGAAGCUUGAAGCCGGUGACGCCUUUGAGGCUGCGCAGGUCAUUGCGGUGGGAGACUUGUGAAUCGCGGGAAAGCUGUAGGGCCGAGGGAAGCUGGAGAAACCGAGGGAGUCAGUCAGCACGGUGACUAUGAUGACUGGAGGGUGGAGACUGCAAGCAGAUCGGUAGCAAGCGUGUCUCCUUUGUCAUGCCUGGCGUCGAGGUGGGAGGAUCCUAGAACUGCACAAACCCAAACGACGAUGUUUCAACCCCCUUGCUGGCACACUUGUCAUCACCUGAAGGGUUUUUGUGAGGCAUUGGAUGUGAUCAUGACUUUCUUCUGUCUCGUCCUCGCUUCUCUCCAUAUCCUGAUGCCGCGCAGGCCUGCUCACCAUCUACACAACUUGGUAUCUAAGGUAUACAAUGCUGCCCUUGGAGUGAUUCUUAGGUAUGGGCGGCGAACCAUCCGCCCCAAUCUGCCCUUGAUAUGUAUGCCCCCCUCCCGUUUCGUCACCAUGUACAAUUAUGAAGUGUUUUCUCUCAUCUCGAGCGAACACGUGAAAGAAAACAAAAAGAAGAGAACGGAGGAAAAAAAAAGCAACCUCUGCUGAACCCUCG